AUGAUGGGCAUCCCAAUUCAGAGUGCUGCCGUGAUGCGUUUCGCUCGCAACCAGACUUUGAGAUUGGCUGGCGUUGUGUUCAGGCGUUACGAAACGAAGUAUUCGUCCAAGCCUUACGACAUGCACGUUCUAUCGCUUAGUACUACCACUGCAGAGCAGAAAGCGCCUUGCAUCGAGCACCUACUGGCUGCCGACGACGACGAGCUGGACCUGUACAGCCGCGGAAUCCGCAAACUGUUUACUAAGGAGGAGUUGGGGUCGAAGGAGUGCGAGUCCCUUCUCAGGUCAGAUUUCAUGACGCACGCUUUCAGCACUGACGUGAUUGAGAGGCUGAACUCUGAGAUCACCCAUGGCGUGCCUAAGCGAGCUCCAGCGACCAAUUUCACUCAAGCGGCGAGGAGGAACCUUCUGAACCAAGCGGCCGCGAUCCAUGUCUCAAACGGUGGGAAGCAUCCAACGAGACCCAUCAACAAGCCACUUACUUCGAGCAUGGAAGAGAUCGAGCGCCCACUGUUGCUGUGCGACCCCUCUGACGCAGUGGAGUGCGCCAUGGCACAAGCCGCCACCGACUCUGCCCUUGUCCAUCCCGAGCUGGCGGGUUCAUCGGCUGCGGCGGCGCUGCCAGCUGGCCCAGGCGACGCGGCGCAGGUGUCCGAGGAUGGCGUCGCUGUCGUUCCUGUCGGGGACCAGGGCGGACCAAUCUUCCCACCUUGCCGAACGGUAUCGGAGUGCAUCGACAUCCUUCCGCACGAGAACCCAAGUACUAAUAGUACUGGCAGGUUUGCACCUGGCCUCAACCCUUACUUGUUGGAGAAGAACCAGUGGCUGCGUGCUGCGAGGGCGCUGAGAGACUCUCCGAUGACCGAUGAGGAGGUGAAACAGGUGACGGAGGAAUUCCAUGUCUUCUGGGAGAACGUCGCCGACAAAGAUUGCCACAACGAGGCGUACGACGAGUGGGUGCGAGAGAAGCAACAACAUCAUGAACGAGAGCGCCCCUACAAGUACGUGCAGCAGUGGGGGGGCGGGAGCUUCGUCUCGCCAAUCAGCAGCGACGAGUUCUGCAAGCACAUCAAGGGUUCAAAAGGUUGGCCAAGCGAUGCCGACGUCACCGGCGCCAACCACGAGGAGGGCCUCGCCAAGGCAAACUACUUCGUGGAUUUCGGGCCUUCGAAGAGCACGAAUCUGUGGAGCCUCGGAGCUCGACCCCACAACGUGAACCCGAUGAAGGUCGCGGGGGGGAGGUUAAAGUUCAAGCUGGUCGAGAAGGGCAUCAGCAACGUCAUUGCCAGGCUGAACAGGACCAAGGUGGAGUCUGGCGACGUUAUGAUAAGUGAUAAGUUCAAAGUCGUGAACGCGCAGGCGUCCGAUGAGUUUGUCCGCGAGUGCUGCGAGCUGUUCUCGGCGAUGGAGCUUUGCGAGGUGGAGUGGGACCCCGUCGACGUGGACGGUACUCUUCUGUGGGUGGAGGUAAAGUCCGCGACCGCUCUCGGCACCUUGUGGAAGGAGGGCUUGCGCGUCCCACUGGGCAGCGCGGCCGCUAAGCGAAAGGACACCAGCGCCUCGACCUUCAAGAAAAUGAAGACGGACGACCCCCUGAACCCAUCCAGCGACACGGCGAAGACGUCGUCAUCGUGCGCCGCAUCGACCAAGGCUGCCAAUGGGAAAGUCGAUCCGACAAGUGCAUGCGGCCCGAUCGCAGCAGCAGUUACAAGAGGACCCAAAGGAGCAUUGGGCAGCGAUGCGGCCGUGGCUGCGUCGCUCGGCGCGGCAGGGGCCGCCGACGCAGGUGCCGACGAAGGCUUUCAGCUGGGCGCUUUGGACGGGGAGUUCGCGGUCGCUCUCGACGAGAUGGACGUGGCGGACCAGGAGGACGCAGAGAUCCAUGGCGGCGAUGACGAUAUGACAGAGCUGCUCGACACCUGGGGCGGCAGCCAAGAAGACCACCAUGACGAACGUCCAGACGAUGGCGAGAUCGACCUCGACGACCCCCAUCCUGCUCAUGUCGGGGCGCUUGCCAAGAUGUAUGAGGACGCAGCUGGCGGCGCUGAUGUCCCCAGUGGCGGCGCCGACGCUGGAGUUGAAGAUGGGCCUCUUGCCGAAGAUGUUGCUGAGCCUCCGCAGCCUUGGGAACAACUUGGGGAGCCAAGUGCGAGCGGAUUCGUGGCGUACAAGAACCGAACUAUCAUGAGGAUUCAGCGGGGUCGGCCUGCCAAGAGCGUUACCGUGACGUGCUACCGUCACACAGGAUAUUCAUUAUGCAUCACAGAAACGCGGUGCCCUGCGGACCAGGAGCUAUUCAAGUGGCUCUUCGAGGGCGACCCCAACAAUGACGGCGACUCCAAGGGCCAGAGGCGCGAGAAGGCGCGCAUCCACAUGGAUUCGGCCAAGAGCAGGUGGUAUGCGAAGAAGCCUGCUGCGAAGUGA